AAUUGUUUAUGAUUUACUUACCUAUGAUUUUUAUAGUUAAAACAACCUUUUACGAAAUAUAAGCAGACCUUAAAAUACCUUAAAAUACUGUGAAACUUUAUAACCAAAUACCUACAUACCUGCACAAACAUGGUCACCAAAACCAGGAAACCGUCAAAAAAACCUGCCUUCGGUACAAGCUCUAAGCGAUUUAACAGAGCUCCUCUUCACCCACUCAUGGAUACCAGCGGUCUCUACUCCGUGCGGCCGCGUGGAUGUGACCCUUGUCUCUACCACCCUAAGGACCGCCGUGAAAUGUGCAAAGCCCACCAGUCUACCACCAAGCAGGAUGUAUGGACAUAUAAGAAGGAUCUGGAGCAGUGGUCAAAGAAUUUGGGAUACCGUAAUGAGAGCAUACUAGCCCAGCGUCGGUGGUGGCGCUCCGUGCUGGGUCCGGCGUGGCACGACGUUCGCGAGCCUAAGUGUGAGCCCGCGGCGUGCCAGAAUCUGGGGUUCGGACGCACUCGCCGCUUCCAGCCCGCGAGCACCACUGCUGGCCCUCCCCCGGGCACGUAUUACAAGGAGAACCCGUACCACCCUCCCUACGGGCCGCACUCUUCGCGGCCGAGCUUCCUGCGCGGAGACCCGUGCCGGUUCCGCGAGCACGCGCCCGGCUUCCGGCUCGCCCCGAACCGGUACAGCCCCGUCGACCAGGACUCUAUCGCCAAGCGAUUGGUGUCGCUCCGAGGGCCGUACGACCUGUUCACCGGGCCGCGGGACCAACCAAUGCGGAACCACUUUUAUAAAGCGCCCUCGUGCUCUUCAGGCUGGCCUGUGGCUUUACCGGGUUGUAUGGAGGAUUUGAAGAAGAGCAAGUUGGGGGUGAUGAAUAAGUCGGGUCGGGAGGAGCGGCGGCGGGUGGUGACGCCGGGGCCGGCCGACACAGUGGUCCCGUCGGCCGAGGUGACCCAGAACAGACACGGGUUCAACAGCUCGGCGGAGCGGGGCGGCGGGCGCGCGCGCGCGGGGCCGGGCGUGGGCCGCUACACGCCGCGCCCGCGCGGGUGUGGCGUGCCGGGCCACGGACACAGACACGUGUUCCUCAGCAAGGUCAAGCGGACUAUUGGCGCCGUCAUCCCUGCACCUAUGAAUACUUUCUAACAUGUGGUGAGUUUUGCUGUGAAUUUUAUAGCCCUCUCUUUAUUACAGACUUUUACUAUUACCAGUUGCGAUCGUAAAAAUAAUUAUUUAAUUUUAAAAAAAGUGAUUAUUU